ACGUGAAGCCCUAGCGUUCAGGGCGGAACCUGUACGCUCGAAUAAUAAAUAGCACUUGGCAGGUGGACAGCAGAGUCACAGGAUCAGAGUCCAACAGUGUUGAGCUGAACACCGCAGCAGCAGCAACAGCUACACUUUCACCACCACUCAGAUCUGCAGAAGGAAUCAUGCAGGCUUUGAGUCGCUCCUCGGGUUUAUUCAGAGCAGCUCUGAGACAGCACUUAACACCGAGAGCCAACAUUUCAGCCAAACCGGCUAAACAUGUCAUGAGCACAGGGGAGCACGUGAUCGCCAUGGUGACCAUGUUUGUGACCAUCCUGGUGCCCUCAGGGUGGAUCCUCGCCAAUCUGGAGGACUAUAAGAAGCGGCCAUGGGUUAGUGGCUCCUGAGCACGUCGCCACUCGGCUCGUCUGCAUUCCUCCUCAAUAAACCUUCUCAACUUUCAUUAAUAAACCAACCUAAAAAAAACUAGCAAA